AUGGAGAAAGGAACCUCCAAUUCAUCAAGCACCAAAAGCCCAUCUGAGCCACUGCAACAAGAACAGGCGGCAGAGUGCUUGAAUGAUGAAGAUGUUGGUGUAAGAAGCGAUGUGACUGAGUCGAGCAAUCCACAAUAUGUUGAUCUAUUAGAGAGGGGUGACUCGUCGUAUUUGUUUGAACAAGAUCAGAGUGAUGAGUCUUUAGUGGAAGAAGAUAUGUUGGAGAAGAUGUUUGUAACCCCCGUUAGUGGUUACAUGUUACCAAAGAUCGAAUGUGGUGAUUACCCGGAACAAGAAGUUGUGAAUUCUUCAUAUCUUGAGUUCCUUAGUCAUGGUGAAGAUGAAGAUGAAGACCAACCCUUUGGUCUUUGGUCUUACUAA